ACAGGUGAUGGGCGUUUCAGCCGCCGCGGCGGCGGUGGUGCUCCGGUUCCAUUCCUUGGGUUUCACUCCGGUCUGAUCUAAGCAAAUAUGCAGAAGUACCGGCUGGUCUGCUCUUAAAGCCAAAAAAACAGCUAGGGAGAGAGGGAGUGAGAGAGACGGCUGCAACCUCAGAUCCGGGAGCUACAAAAAAUAUAUAUAAUAAUAAACCCAACCCCCCUUUCCUCCUCCUCUCCACCAGUUCCCCCCCCCCCCACCCCAGCGGCCGAGGAGGAUCCCGGAGCGGCGCACACACACUCGCUCACACACACACGCGCGCACACACAUACACACACACGCGCACACACACCAGUGUCUUUCUCCCUGAGGGAUGGUACUGAAUUUCGCCGCCACUGGAGCCCGGCUGAAGCUCCUACACCGCAGCUCUGCGUUCCCACCGAGUCUAAAGUGCACCCGGACGCGAUGAGGACCUGGGUUUGUGUUUUGCUCCUAGGGUUUGGAUACCUGUCCUAUGCCUUUUCCGAGGAAGCUGAAAUCCCCCGGGAGGUGAUCGAGAGACUGGCUCACAGUGAGAUUAACAGCAUCCGCGACCUGCAGCGCCUCCUGGAGAUAGAUUCCGUAGGAUAUGAGGAUGUUUCAGAAAAAACCCUGAAAACUCAUAUGGUCCAUGCUCCCAAACAUGCGCAGGAAAAGCGUCCUGUACCCAUUAGAAGAAAAAGAAGUAUUGAGGAAGCUGUUCCCGCUGUUUGCAAAACAAGAACGGUUAUUUAUGAGAUACCUCGGAGUCAGAUUGAUCCCACAUCAGCCAACUUCCUGAUCUGGCCCCCAUGUGUUGAGGUCAGACGAUGCACAGGCUGCUGUAAUACCAGCAGUGUCAAAUGCCAGCCUUCACGGAUCCACCACAGAAGUGUCAAGGUGGCAAAAGUGGAAUAUGUUAGGAAAAAACCAAAAUUAAAAGAAGUUCUGGUGAGGUUAGAAGAGCAUUUGGAGUGCACCUGUAUGUCAUCAAAUUCUAAUUCAGAUUAUCGAGAAGAAGAAACUGGAAGGCCUAGGGAAUCAGGUAAAAAACGGAAAAGAAAAAAGUUAAAACCAACCUAAGGCCCACUGGAGCUAUUUGGUAAUCAUAAUCAGAUGUGAGGUGAAAAUAAGCUAGAAAACCUUCUCUGGGACACGGAUGUACAUGGUUUGUUACAUUCCUGAACCUUCUAUGUAUGGUGCUUCAUUGACAGUAUACCCUACUUGUUCUCCUCUGUGAAAAACUGUCUGAAAGAACACUUGAUGAGAACAAAGAGACAAUGUACAUUUGUUUAAUGUGACAUCAAAGCAAGUAUUGUAGCACUCGGUGAAACAAUAAGAAGCUUCCUUGUCCAAAAAAAAAAAGAAAAAAAAACUGUACAAAAACCCAUACAAAAAAAAAAUAAAAGGUUGACUGAAUGGAUGAGACCCAAAAGUCCUACAAAAAUGUGACAAAAAUCUAAAUGAACAAUGGAUUUCUGUCAAGAGUGGUCAAAGGUGCUUUUUGUCAAGAAAUAGGCCUGUUUUCUUGAUGAAGAUGGAUGGACACUGAUGGACUACAGGCACACACACAAAAAGAAAACAACAACAACCAGGAAUGUAUCCAAUGCCACGCGAACACUAUAGACACAAUACAUCCUCGCUCCGUAGUGUUUUAAGUCUAUACAAAAACCUUUUUGAGAGCCUUAAGUGGAUUUUUUUUACACCAUAAAGUGAUUAUUAAGCUUUUCUUUUUAUUCUUUGCCUAGCUUUUUUUUUUAAAUCUCUUGGACUCCAUUUACCAAUAACACAUGAAAAAGGCUGCUGUAACAGUAAGGCAGGCAGUAUGAUGGUAUUUCUCCUAGCAGGAUGCAAACUAAUGAGAUGUAUUAAAAUAAACAUGGUAUACCUACCUAUGCAUAAUUUUCUAAAUGUUUCUGGGUUUAUAUUUUUCUCCUUCCUCCCCCUCCCUUUUUAAUUUAAGCCAUUUCAGUAAAAUAAUGUGCGUAAACCAAUCAUAGAAACAUCCAUGCCAAAUCCUCCCUUCCAGGCUUUUGUCAGUUGGUGAGUAGUCAGUGAUAUCUGUGUUAGCAAUUUGCCAUUCUUUUUACAAUAUAUGAGAUAGAAAGUUAAUUUUUGACAUGUUUGGCUGGGUGAAAAUGUACAACUUCUUCUUGUAUCUGUAUUGUACAAUGUUGUCACAGCAGAGAAGUGGACCUGCUGCCAAUAUUUGAACAGAACUUUAAAAUUCUUUAUUUUUGGUAAGAUGUUAUGCUUUGCGUGUAUUCAACAGAAAAUGUGUUUUUUGUAAAGGUGAAGUUUGUAUUUUUAUCUAAAAUUAACAGUUUUAUAUACCUGAGAAAUCCUGCUAUGUUUUCUUGAAACCAUCCCCUUUUCCCUCCCUUCCCCUAAGACCCUAACCCUCAUCACAACGAAACAAAAAACCACCUCCAAAGGAAUCCAACCCCCUCCCCCCCAAUAUUUGAUGGUCAUAUUUUUCUAGUAGAAUAGCCCAACCAACUUCAAAUUCUGUCCCAAACCCAGCUCGCCUUGCAGUAGAAGGCUGGUUGACAUGCAUAUGCUUCUUUCAUUUACCAGUGGCUCAUGGGGAUUCCACUGGGUCUUCUCUGGAGGGCUCAGCUGAACCCAUUUGGCUUCAGGCCCCACCUACUGCUUUGAAAAUUAAAGAGGAUGUGGUCAUAUUUAAAAUUCCAGAAUCAUUGGUCAGUUCAAUUGGAUGAAAGAAAUUGGCCCAACUGUUCAUUUAUUGUCACACAGACCAAACAUUUGGUUAGUUGACUGAGGUUCUUGUCUAUCUGAUGCCAAAAGCCAUUGGGAGGGAAAGUGAAAACUUUAUUCAGAGGGGUCAUUUGACUGAAUUUAACUUAAAAGGAAAAAAAAAAACCCACGUUUGAGUCAGGCUUGCUUGAAGGGUAUAGGCAGAAGCCUGAUUUUAUUUUCCACUUUUCUUCGGCUGAUGGCCUUGGGUAGACAUAGACAGUUAACUAUUCUGAGUACCCUGGUGGCUCAUUAGGCUGCCGUAGUUCUUCUUCCCUCAAACCUCCAAGUAGAUUAGGUCAUGUGGCCAUUUUUCUUUUAAUUUUGUUUGUCACAUUUCAUACAAAAUGUCUCCUAAGAGAUGGAACCUUUCUCUCUGUUGUAUGUGUUAGUGAAGUAAAGGGUUCUUGUUUUUGUUUUUUAAAGAGGAACUUAUAAAGUAGCAUGUCUUUAAGAUAAGGCUGUUGGCCUGAAUGGAAUGCCUCUGAAUGUGAAUGAACUGAAGCUUUGAGAUGUAAACACUAAGAGAUUGGGGUAGGAUGGGUAGGGGGGUGGGGAGAGGCUCAGGGGAACCAACACUUGUAGCCUUUCAAAUUUGGGGAAAAGAUUGAACCUGUUCAUGCCCUCUCUGGCACGAUCACAUUUCAAGCAACAGAAAGGCAAUUUUGGGAACAGGCUGUUAAUGGCAGCAUGAAGUCAAAAUUCAGCCUUACCCAGAUGCCAGUCAGAUGCCUGGAGGGGUCAGAUGCCUGAGUUCUGUUGGCCACCUGUGCUUACUCUCAGCUGGGUACCAUUCACAAUGCUAUGCCCAUGAAUGUAUAUGUCUAAAGUUUUUUUUUAAUGUGUAAAAGUGUAAUUUAUAUAUUUAUGUUUCAGUGAGAUGCCAAUAAUAUUGCUCAUCUCUCUUUUUUUUUUGCAAGCUAUCUAAUGAAAGAAUUCAUUUACCCAUUAAAAUCAUGUAGCUGAAAAA